GGCAUGGAACUUCAUUUCACUACGUUCUAAGCCUUUCCAAGAGCACUUGUGGUGGUGUUGUGUAAAUAGACCAGAUAAUCCAAGGUUUCAAACUCAGCUUACCCUGUUCUAAAUCAAACAUGAAGCUCCUUCACGCGCUAUUCGUACUGGGACUGGCAGUCGGCACCACAUUCGCAGCAGUAGACGAAGAUGAAGUCGUGGAUGCCGAAGACGAUCUCGAGCUUACGAGAGCGAGACGUCAGGUAGUUGCCCAACCCGUGUACCAAGUGCCAGUAGUAGCCCCUGGCCAGCCCAUUGCGGCAAACCCCACCGUCAGCCAAUACUACGAAACCCUGGAGAAUGCACUCGUCAACUUGGCCGUGGUGUCGUCGCGGACCAAGCCAGCGGCUCACAUCGUCGGAAACGCACAGGCCAGCUGGCACGUCAGCUCACAAGGUCCUCUGAAGAUCUGGAAGGAGAAGGUGACCAAUGGUGGCAUGAAGCUGGACCCUACGUCACAUGAGCUUAUCGUGCCCACGAGUGGCCCAUACUAUUGCUACGCUCAAGUCUAUUUCAACACUGGUCGUGAACAGGCGGCCGGUACCAAGCCCCCAUCACCGCGUCAUGAGUCCGAUGCUCGCUUCUACCUAUUCGUCAACCAGAAGGCAACAUUGCUCAGCAGUGAGCAGCCAGCCAUUGAAGUAUCGGCUUACACCGGUGCCGUCAUGCAGCUUAACGCACAGGACCGCAUCAGCGUGCACGUAUACACGCCCAACGUGCGUGUGUGGCGUGGCGAGGAUCACUCCUUCUUCGGUUGUUACCUCAUCUAGAUCUCCAUGCUCUCGGCCUACCCAGGCGUGCAUUGGAAUGACACAUGAGGUAUUGAAAAAUCUACAAGUGACAAUGACACGGUAAUAACUACAAGCUUAUGUUCAACAAUAUUGUAUAGCAUUGAAAAUUCUCUAAUGGCAGUGUGCCCAAUCAAUUGCUACAGCCAGAUGAUAACCUUCUUAUUGUUUUAUACUUCUAUGAUACGAAAGACACGCUUGUCGUGCCUGCUUAAUCAAUUUUACUGAGCACACGACUACCUAAUAAAUUCAAUAUAUUAAUAUUAAUCCUAAACCGAGUUAUCUUUGUACAGAACGCGUUAAAAAACUGCUAAACCCAGACUACUGACCUCUCUCUCACUGCCUCUCUCUCUCUCUCUCUCUCUCUCUCUCUCUCUCUCUCUCUCUCUCUCUCUCUCUCUCUCUCUCCCCCCCCCUCCCUCUCUCAUUCUCUCUCUCUCUCUCUCUCUCUCUCUAUCCUCUGCCCUUUUCGUAAUUCAGUUAAUCUGAUCUUCUUCCUUCGACGUACUCAUUCCCCUGUAUAUUUGUGACUUCUUAUAUAAGAAUGUCCUUUACGUGAAUUAAUUCCAUUUUCGAAUGACAAUCUUAGGAUCUGUCCUGCACACUGAAAAGUCCCCGUCACUGUCCACUCCCUGCUAUCCCGUGAAUCGGGGACACCUUUAUUUUGCAUCACUAAAUUGCAUGACAUAGUCCGCUUGAUCUAAAUGCUGACUCUAGCUAACCCGUGA